UCCUCGGUCCUUCCGCGUCUUUUCUGUAUCUUGCCUUCAAUAAUAUUUUUUAUAAAUCUAUAUGCUAUAUGACCAAACUUUACUCUUGUACUGAGCGUAAAAUGUACCUUUUAUUUUUUGUUAAAACAUAUUCCUGGACGUAUGGUAACCCUAUUGUUAACGGAUACAGACGGAAUCGCCUUCACCCACAAAAUCACAACUGGCUCGUUUUUGCCGGCUAAAAACCACUAAAAGGAGACGUCCGUUGAAAAUUCACGCAUGUCCACAACGUCUUUUUGCGAGUUUACACAUACACUUCCUCUAUGAAUUAACCUUCGAGUGCUUUUUGGAAAUGGAUUUAUCAUUUUCGACACAGAUUCUAUUUAUAGUGGCUGUGUUAUGGAAUAAUGAAGUCAGUCCAGCAUCUAGAUAUAAGAGACUCAGUUUAGCUUCACAAAUGCCUAGCUAUUACUACACGAAUAUUGACGGUCAUCCAGGUACAUAUGCCUUUGGUUACAACGUCUUGGAUCCUGAUACAGGGAAUACUCAGUAUCGCUCUGAGGAGAAGUACCCCAAUGGAACAGUAGUUGGAAGCUACGGGUACAUAGAUCCACGAGGUAGAUCGCGUCGCGUAGAUUAUGAAGCUGAUGAAAAGGGUUACAGAAUAAUGAACGAAGCUCCCCGAAGACAAAAUUAUGUAGAGCAAUCAACCCGAGAAGACAAUCCUUCCACUGAAAAAUCAGUAACAUGGACUCGACCCAGGAAGCCAAAUAAAAAGAAAGUAGACAAUAUACUCGUAGUUAAGAAACCUUCGGAAGUGUUAGAGCCGCCUUAUCUUAGAUGAUAUUAUUAAAUGAAGCCAUUAAAAUAUUUAUUGAAAUA